AUGUUCUCCGAGUACGCCUCCAGAUUUCUCGCACAGUCUCAAUCCCGUCUUAGUUUCGCGCCGACACCUGCAGACGACCGUCGGUCUGGCGAGGGUCGGGCAACAAGAAGACCGAACCAGACGUGGAGAUCAACGACUACUUCCAGAACGCUGAAUCCCCGCGUCCCAAAUCCUUACCAGCCGACAUCCUCCCAGCUGUCCGCCUUUCCGUUCGCUUCUCGCCUCAAUCCACAGCAGGCACCUUUGUUCUAUAGCGCUACCGACGAAUUCCGAGAAGAAAAUGAUGAGGAGGAGCACGAACGAGAGAUAGCCGAUUAUUAUGCUCUCCAGAGAUCAAGACGACAAUUAGGGGCCAGUGAUCUGCAUGCUUCCUCCGACGUCGAUGCUGGGAGUGGCUCCAGUCUCAAUGGCGCCAGUAGUCACGGGGAAGAUCCUCGUGAUCGAGGCACGGGCAGGCCUGGAGGUAUCAGGAGCUCAUGGCAUGGUGGCGCGCCAAAUCCACGCCGGAAAAGAACGGAUUUGACUGAUCUUGCAGAGUCAGGGGAAUCACAACCCGAGAGUCCGGUGUCAGAAAGGAACACGAUGGUUGACGUGGGAUUAGAAGACACUUUGAGGAGCGAGUAUGAUGACGAUCCACCCGAAGAUUUAAUAGAGAAUCCCCCUUCAGUUCAACAAUUGCGCAAACAAAAGCCGAAAGCAGAAGACGAGUACGACUCGGCGGAAUCCGACCAAGGUGAUGUGCAGGGACGACUGCUGGGACAUUCGCGGAAUCACUCUGGAGGGACUGAGUCUGUUCCAGAUGGCAUUCAGACUCCACAACUUCAACAACCCAGGCAUGAUGCUUUCUGGGGUCAGCUUUAUUUGCUUUCGGUUGCGGCUAUGUGUGCAACCUGGUUCCUUAUCUUGCUUCAUACACAAUCACCGAGCAAAAAACGCCCACUCGGUGAUACCGUCUACACGACUUUGCAUGGAUCCUUUUACCUGUUGGCGACAUAUACCCUUGUAGCGACCUUCGUUUCUUUGUUUUGGCUUGCAGCCCUUCGGUCAUAUGUUCGAUAUCUGGUUUACGGCAUCUUGGUCGCCGUUCCGGUUAUCCUCUAUUCAUUUUCUCUCUACCCAUUGAUAUCCAGCUUUCAGGGAUCAUGGCAUGGCUCAAGUAUCCAGGACACUGUCAUGAGAUGGAGCUCGUUGGUUCCUGCAAUCCUGGCCACCCUGUGGGUGCUCGCGGUCUUGAGGGGUCGGUUGGUGAUGCAAAAGGCCAUUUCCAUUCUGGAGUUUUCGACUCGAAUCCUCGCGGCAAACCCGACGUUAGUGCUCGUCGGAUUUGCCGUCCUGGGGUUCAUCGUCAGCUUCACAUGGAUUUGGUUGUCGAUGUUUGCAAGAGUGUUUCUCGGGGGCCACCCGUCUACUCGAUCAACGAUCAGCAAGUUUGUGAUUGACACAUCGACAUGGUGGCUGGGAGUGUACUUUAUUCUUGUGUACCUCUGGACAAUCACCAUUGCGUUUGGCAUGCAGCGGACGAUUACAUCGGCCACGGUAUCGCAGUGGUACUUCCAUCGAUUGGCAGUCCCAGCUCCCACACCUCAAGCCAUUGUGAAGGCUGCAUUGCAACAUUCAGCGACGACACUCUUCGGCACCAUAGCGCUAUUCACGGGCUUGAGUCUUCUGGUCCGACUACCAUUGAUCGUCCUGCCUCGGCGGUUGACAAUGCUCAUUGGGGUGGCAAUGUACUCAUUCAUCCCAAGUCCGAUCGCCGUUUUGAUCAAUCCACUCACCCUUACCUACGCUGCCAUUCAUUCCCAGCCGCUGGCUGUGAGCGCCAGAGGACUUUCGCAGAUGCAUUUCCUCGCCCCUAACGAUGCUACGACAGCCUUGCACCCAGGUACAUUCAGUCGCCGCCGGAGAAACGACGGUUGGUCUAAUGAUUCCACCCCCCUUCUUCCGUAUCGACUGGCCAAGCUCCUCCUCCAUGCGACAAGGUUUAUCAUGUGUUUGGCGCUGGGCUUUGGUGGAUGGGUCACUACAGCACGCACUCUCAGGCUGGAUGGAGCUGGGGUUCGCGGAAGCCUCUACGCUUAUAUUGUCGGGCUCAUUGCCGGGGCCAUAGGUUGGGGAAUCCUGGGUGCAAUGGAAGGAGUCCUAGCAUGUAUCGUCGAUGCAGUGGUGGUGUGCUGGGGAAGUGAAGUCGGCAGCACCGGGACCGGAGAGGUGCGGUAUUGUAGAGAGGCGGGAAAUCUGUUCCGCGAUGAUGGAGACACGAAUGGUGGCCGCAUCAAUCUGGUUUGA